CAAUCGGCACCAUCUUCACCUUCCUUCCAUGUCUUGAAGUAAACAAUAAACAUAUGGUAUUGGUAACAGUAAAGAAUGGUAUUGGAAAUAAAAACUUGUGGAAAUAGCUUAACCUCAAAACCAAUUUCUUUACUAAAUAUUCCAAUCGUCUGCAAAGCAUCAAGGCUGUCCUGCAACAACAUGAGCACCUUCUUCAAGUGACCCUUCAAGGAAGAGGUACCUUUGUCUUUGAGUCAUCACGUUCAAGCCAACAAUUCACAACGAUUCACAACUUGAAGAAAUGCAGCUCUCACCAGAGUUGAGUGGUGAGCUCGUGAGAGUGAAAUUGGAACCCCCUGAUGCUGCAUGUCUACCAGAGCAGGGGCAGCAACAGCACUGCAGCAAGACUGAAUCUGGUGGCGGUACUUGUGGCGUGACAGGUGGGAUGUGUGACAUUAAAGAGGAACCUCGAGAGGAAUCUUCAAACAAACAUCCAAUCAUAGAAGUCAAAACGGAGCCUUACAAUGUUGCAAUCUUGGCAGAGCAGGACCAGAUGGAACACAGCUGUCACUCAACAGCAGAAGUUUCAGGAGCGAAACGAAGCCCUGGUAUGUUCCAUCUUAAGGGCCAGCCCAGAGAGACUUCUGCUCAAGAGCCUUCAGGAAACUCUUCUUCAAAUGUGCAGCUCGAGAUGAGCACAGACGCUGAACCCCGAAUCGACGACACUGACGCGGUCACUGUGAACUGUCGGCACACUGAUUUCAAACACAGAGAACUCUCUCCAGACCAGAGCGACGCCCACCAGGGGGCAGACCGAUCGUCGAUUUCCAACAACGAGAAAGACAGGCUGUACGAGUGUGUUGACGUUGGCCACCCGAAGACUCACAGAGAGAAGACAUUCACCUGCAAUACAUGUUCCGCGACAUUUGGCCUUGUGUCGGCUCUGGGAGUGCACACGAAACAACACCUGGGUGAGGGGCUUUACAAAUGCAGGCUAUGCAUGUCCCAGGCCAGCCGUAGAAACGACACGCUCGUACACGCUUUCGACAAGUCUGAAUCACAUCCCACUGCAUCAGGGGAUCAGAUGGGAGGGAAUAGGCUGGGCUGUGAACUCUGUCCCAGUACAUUCCCCGAGUCGAAGAGUGCCAAGAACCACACGCUGAAGGGUGCCGGCAAGAAGCCAUGGAAGUGCAGCCUCUGUCCCGCAGAAUUCAACCACCGCACACAACUGCGGUGUCACAGACUGACGCAUGUCGGCGAGAAGCCGUACAAGUGCGACAUCUGCAGUGCCACGUUUGUCAGCCGCGGACACCUGAAGAACCACAUGCAGACGCACGCGGAUGGGAAGCCACGCCAGUGUAGGUUCUGCCACGCAGAAUUCGUCCACCUGUGCAGCCUGAGGGACCACGAAAGAGCUCACGCAGGCGAAAAGCCGUACAAGUGCGACGCCUGUCCCGCGGAAUUCAGCCACAACACGAACCUGCGACGUCACAAGCGGAUGCACACGGGCGGGAGGCCGCACAAGUGUGACCUCUGCUCCGCCGCGUUCAGCCAGGUGCAGAACCUGAGGGACCACGUACGGACCCACACGGGCGAGAAGCCGUACAAGUGCGACCUCUGCGAUGCAGCGUUCAGCCGGAGCACGCACCUGGGGCGUCACAAGCGGACACACACGGGCGAGAGGCCGUACAGGUGCAACGUGUGCUCCGCGCAGUUCAGGCAGGGCUCUCAACUGUGGUGUCACAGGCGAACGCACACGGGCGAGAAGCCACACAAGUGCGACCUCUGUCCCGCGGAGUUCAGCCAGAGCGCAGGCCUGUUGCGUCACAAGGGGACGCACACGGGCGAGAAGCCGUACAAGUGCGACCUCUGUCCUGCAGAGUUCACCCAGAUGCACCACCUGAAGGGUCACGUACGGAUUCACACCGGCGAGAAGCCGUACGGGUGCGAUCUCUGUGACGCACGGUUCAGGCUUAGCUCGCAGCUGAGGUGUCACAAGCAGAAGCACGCGGGGUAGAAGCCGUACAGGCGUGACGUUUGUUCCGCAGCAUUCAUCCGGAGCACGCAACUGUGGCGUGACAAAGAGAAACUGUGAUCUCAGCCCUGCAUAGUUCAGCUGACCGAAUCACCUCAAGGAUCACGUACCGUCUCACACAGGCGACAGUCGUACAGAGGAGGCGUCAUACAGAAGGCGUACAGUAGAGGAGCGCAGAGGCCCCGUAGCCUGUGUCUACCAGGAACACCUGCCACUGCCUGAUGAUGAGUAUGUUCCCUGUCGUGCAAAGUACAUUGACAGCACAGACAGUGCAAUGCUACAGUGGAAACACGUGACGGGGCACCGUGCAAGUGUCAACUCUGUUCUGUCACUUGUCCUUGAUUCAGAGACCCGAGGAAGCACAUUGCAGACCUUACCCCCACCUCGGUCCAUUCCUGUUCAACUUUUAAAAUUCACACCCGUGAAUAGACUGGUCAGAGAGAGAGUGAUAUCCUUGUCAGAUGGGUGCACCUAAUGGCGUUUUUGGAGACUGCCUUAAAGGGAGACACCGCACCAAAAACGUCUUGAGGUAACAGUGCGACAUCAAUCCGUACCCUAUGAUAUUUCAGUGAAUAGAAUUUCUCAUCCCCAAGUGGCCCAGACGAUUAGAAAAUUAAUAUCUUGCUUUGAGUGAUUAGGCGCUCCUCCACGGGAAAGCAGUCAAGCAACACUGUGCCUCACAUCACCGGUAUUCCUCGUGUACGGCUCUCUGUAGGUUUUGCUUUUACCGAACUUAUUUACACAGCCAUUAUAAUAGAUUGUCCCGGAGUCUCCCUUUAAGUGUACACCAUCAUUAGGUUUUUUGUCAGACCAUCAGCCGUAUGGCCUUUGUGACAAAGCUGAGAUGUGGAAGAAAUUGAGUUCCCACAACAGUCUCUUGUAUUUCCCUCAACAAACUGCCAAACCUCAUUAGCGGUCACCAUGAACAGCAUGUGCAGAUUUCAAAAUGAAACGUUUUGUUGGUAUUUUC